AUGGUAUUGGAAACUUUGAAAUUGCUGAGAAGGCACACGGUGCACCCGUGUUCUUCUGGUAUCAAGGAAAUAAAGAAAACUCCUAUUGGAAAGGGACAUUGCGGCUCUUGGUGUACGCCCGAAGCUACACCAGCCCAUAAUGUAUUAACACAAACGAAUUCGAAUAUCGAGACAAAAACAAAUUUACAAGAAGAUGCAAAACAAAAUAAAGAAAGCAUUGUCAUUCAUCUUCAAAAAGUGAAGCUAUUUUCAUCAAGUCCACCGCCCCAAUACAUUUCUAUUAAUGAUAUAACAGAAGCUGAUACUGAACUUAAAGAUUUUAAGCCAAAAUCGGACAAAAAUUCACCGGAAAAAGAAACAUCGUCAGACGAAAAAUCCGACUCAAUAGUUGAAGCACCGCAAAGUCCAGUGCCAAUAUCUCCUAACAUUAGAAAAAAAUGCAAAGGCUUUUUAAAAUACUAUUCUAUUUGCGAACCUUUCAUGCCCAUAGACCCUCAAGGUCGAGUAUACAUCAGUUGGCUCCUACUAGUAACAUUUUGCUACAGCUAUAAUGCUUGGUGUAUCGCACUCCGCGCAACUUUCCCUUACCAGACCCCUGAGAACACACCCCUGUGGAUGACUGCUGACUACUUAUGCGAUAUCGUAUACCUGUUAGAUGUAGCGCUGGUGAAGCCUAGACUUAUGUUCCUCCACGAUGGAUUCUGGGUCGAUGAUACAGAAGAGACGAAGAAGAAUUAUAAGAAGAAACUACAGUAUAAGUUUGAUGUAGUAUCCUUACUCCCACUGGACUUGCUUUAUAUCUACUUUGGCACCCAUAUGGUAAUCCUCCGCUGGCCCAGGCUGUUAAAGUUGCAGACCUUUUGGGAGUUCCACCAGGCAAUGGAUAGGGUACUCUCGUCCCCAUACGUGGUCAGAAUUGGCAAGACACUUUUCUACAUCUUCUACCUGAUUCAUUUAAAUGCUUGUGCUUAUUAUGCCAUGAGUAAAUACAUCGGCUUGGGUUCCAACGGCUGGGUCUAUGACAACCAAGGCAAUGCCUACAUCAGGUGCUUUUACUUCGCGACCAAAACCGCUACUUCGAUUGGGAAGAACCCUAAACCUGAGGACACUAAGGAGUAUCUGUUUAUGACGGCCGCCUGGCUCAUGGGAGUUUUUGUGUUUGCGUUGCUCAUUGGACAGAUCAGGGAUAUUAUUGCGACGGCUACGAGAGCAAGGACUGAGUACCGUAAAACACUGGAUGGGUGCGCGCGCUACCUCCGGCGCUUGAACAUGCCCAACACGCUCCAAAGGCGAGUCGCGCUCUGGUUCAACUACACCUGGAGCAAACAACGAUGCUUCGAUGAAUCUAAAAUUCUGAACUCACUACCGUUCAACAUGAAACGUGAUGUAGCACUUGCAGUACACAUGUCAACGUUGAGCAAGGUACAACUGUUCCAAAACUGUUCGGACUCAUUGCUCCGUGACCUAGUGCUACAGCUGCGUCCCGUGUCCUUUCUACCGGGAGACAUAGUCACGCGCAAAGGCGAUGUCGGCCACGAGAUGUACAUCAUUAGCUCGGGAGAAUGUUUUGUGAUGUCACAGGACGAGAAUGAGGUAUUAGCUACGUUGCGAGAGGGCUGUGUCUUUGGUGAAAUAAGUUUGCUUGGUAUUGAUGGACUAAGACGAAGAACUGCCACUGUGAGAUCACGGGGCUACUCGAGCCUCUUCGCUCUGUCCAAGAAUGAUCUCGACGCAGCUUUGAAACACCACAAGGAAGCUGCCCAAGUAUUACGUAUAAGAGCUGACCAGAUCAUUCGAGAGAAUGCAGCGAGGUCAGCCAAGCAACGGAUAAAGUCCGAAAACAAACAGCUGAGCAUUCAGACAGACAGCAGCUCCACGGCCAGAAGAAGAAGAUCUUCUGCAUCCAGUGGAAGUUUAGCUGUGGACGGGAAAAGGCCGCGUUCGGCCAGCGCUCUGUCAAGAAGGAGGCUGUCUGCCGUCUCUGAAGUUAAUAAGCCAUCAUCACGACCUUCUUUAGUAUCAGCAUGCGGCGGGGCUCGAACACCGUUACCCAAGAUCGUGUUAUCCGGCGACUGA